AUGGAUGAGCAACAAAUGGAAAUGCUCAAAAUGCAGCAAGAAAUGCAACAGAUGCAAAUUAAGGCCAUGCAAGAUCAGUUUGUGAGGAUGCAAAAUUCAUGUGAACACAAGUGCGUCAUGACAGAAAAUGAAAUCAGAGGAUUGUCCAGAGUUGAGGCCGUUUGCAUAGAUAACUGCGUAAGAAAAUAUCUUGACUUCCAGGUUGAAAUGCAGAUUCAUAUGCGCGAACUUCAAGAACCCGCACAACUUCAAGCGCUACAGAUGCAACAAAUGGAACUUGGCCGUCAAAUGGGCCUCUAA